AUGCUUGAUAGUUUAGAAAAACCAUCAUUAGAUAGACCCGAAACAAUUCAAGAUAUUGCUAUUAAAUUAGUUGAAGAACAACUCAGAAUUUUUCAAUUGGAAAAUGGUCCAAAAGAGAGAACUGUUUUCAUUUUGGGCAGUAAAGGUGUUGGUAAAUCUGGUAUAAUAAAUAAAUUUUUUGAUCGUGAAGAAAAUUCUAGACCAACAUUAGCAUUAGAAUAUUCAUUUGGUAGAAGAAGUCAAUUACCGCAAGAUUUACAUAAACAAAUUUUAAACGUAUGGGAAUUAGGAAGUUUAGAAAAUUCAAAUCAAUUAAUUGAAGUACCAAUGAGAUCACAUGGAUUAACAAAUUUUUCUGUAAUAAUAAUGUUAGAUUUAUCACAAACAAAUCGAAUAUGGACUGAUCUAUCAAGUGCAUUACAAGGUCUUCGUUCUGCCUAUAAUAGAUUAGCAAAUGGUAGUGAAGUUAUACAACAUCGUGAACAAUCAGAAGAACGUGUUAAAAAAACUCAUCCUGAUUUAGGUACAAUGGAUUUAUUUUGGUUUCCAUUAGUUAUUAUUGGUGGAAAAUAUGAUAUAUUUCAAAAUUUUGAUCCAGAAAUCAAAAAACAUGUAUGUCGCUGUCUUCGUUCAAUAUCUCAUUCACUUGGUGCUGCUCUAGUUUUUUAUUCAAAUGAAAUACCAAAAUUAUCAAAAACUGUACGAGAUACAAUUAGUCAUUUAGGUUUUGGUAGUCCAACAAAUCCAUUUCGUUCACAUUCAUAUGAUUAUAAUGAACCAUUAAUGAUAUGGUUUGGUCAAGAUAGCUGGGAUAAAAUUGGUACAACACCUGGAAAUUUUGAAACAAUUGGUAUAAAUUUUGAAACUCAUAUACCGCAAGUUCAACCAACAAAAUCAAUAUUACCAGAUGAUCCAACUUUUGAUCCAGGUUUUAAAGAAACUGCAAUCGAUGAGAUGAGAGCCCAAAAAGAUGAAGAAUUAUUAUUAAUUAUGAAACAGGGUGAUAUUCGUGGAAAAUUUGAAACAAUUAAAACUUAA